GCUGGAGGGGGUCCCGGCCCGGCUCCCCCGCUAUGGCCACGUCCCCGUGCAGCAGCAGCGGCGUCUCCUCGUCGUCCUCGUCCGGGCUGGGCGCGGACGCCGGGCUGGAGAUCCGCACGCGCUCCGUGGAGCAGACGCUGGUGCCGCUGGUGUCGCAGAUAACCACUCUUAUUAAUCAUAAGGAUAAGCCAAAGCGCUCCGACAAGACUCUGCAGGCAAUCCAGCGAGUGGGCCAGGCUGUUAACCUGGCAGUCGGGAGAUUUGUUACUGUGGGUGAGGCCAUCGCCAACGAAAACCAUGAGCUGAAGGAGGAAAUGAGUGUUGCUUGCAUCGAGGCAAGGAGAGCAGGUGAAACAAUUGCACAGCUUACAGAUGUGGCAAGCUUGGAUCAUCCAGAAUCUGACAGCCACAUAACAAUCUUUACGGACAAAACGGGUGUGGUGAAAGCUGCAAGGUUGUUGCUUUCUUCUGUCACAAAGGUGUUGGUGUUAGCAGACAGAAUUGUUAUUAAGCAGAUUAUAACUUCCAGGAACAAGGUUCUUGCAACAAUGGAACAACUAGAAAAAGUCAGUAGUUUCCAGGAGUUUGUACAGAUAUUCAGCCAGUUUGGGAAUGAAAUGGUGGAGUUUGCCCAUUUAACUGGAGAUCGGCAAAAUGAUUUGAAGGAUGAGAAGAAAAAAGCUAGAAUGGCAGCAUCUAGGGCUGUUCUUGAGAAGUGCACUAUGAUGCUCCUGACUGCUUCAAAGACUUGUCUGAGGCAUCCAGACUGUGAGUCUGCUCGUAUUAACAAAGAUGGAGUUUUUCAUCGGAUGAGACUGGCUUUGGAACAGGUGAUAGAAAUUGUAACUGACUCUAGACCAAAUGGAGAAAGUGAAAUGGCCCCCAUCAGUAUAUAUUCUGGCAUCAAAGAAUUCAAGAAUAAGGUGGAAGGUCUCCGUGAGAAUCUUUAUUUUCUCUCAAAAGAGAACCUUUCAACAAUGCUGGAAGUUAUCCUGGAACACACAGAAGACUUCACAGACUCUGCCUAUACCAGUCAUGAGCACAGAGAGCACAUUUUGGAGCUGUCUAAACAAGCUAAAAUGGAACUAGAGCAGCUGGUUUCAGUGUGGAUGCAAGCUCAAAACCAAAAGACAAAGGAUCUCAUGGAAGACUUGGAAGUAGCCAUUUUAAAAACAUGCCAGUGCAUGAAUGAACUUAAAAGAGAGGUCCACAGUGCAGCAACAUCUCUGGCAGCAGAUCUUCUGAAAUACCAUACAGAUCAUAUGGUUCUCAAAGCAUUAAAAAUCACAGGAGUAGAAGGAAAUCUUGAAGCUGUAGCAGAAUAUACUUGCAAGCUAUCAGAGCAGAAAGAACAGCUUGUUGAGAUGUGUCGCUUACUGAGGCAUGUUUCUGGAACUGAGCCCCUCGAGAUAACUUGCAUACAUGCAGAGGAUACCUUUCAGGUCACUGGCCCACAGAUAAUUUCUGCUGCAGAAACUCUGGCAUUACAUCCAUCUAGCAAGAUUGCAAAAGAAAAUCUUGAGGUGUUCUGCGAGGCCUGGGAGUCUCAACUGAGUGACAUGUCUCUGUUGCUAAGAGAAAUCAACGAUGUGUUUGAAGGAAGAAGAGGAGAGAAGCGCGUCUACCUAUCACUGCCCAGACCGGGGAAGCAUAAUGCAAAUCUGAAAGCAUUAAAGCCAGUCAAACUAGAUUCUGAGGAACAGGCGAAAAUUGCAAAGCUUGGAUUAGAAUUGCAUCUGCUCACAUCUGAUGUGGAUUCUGAGACAGAGAAAUGGGAGGACCAGGAGAAUGAGAUUGUGCAGCAUGGACAAGGCAUGUCAAGUAUGGCCUACUCCAUGUAUUUAUUUACCAGAGGAGAAGGACUUCUGAAAACUACUCAAGAUUUAUUUCAUCAGGCAGAGAUUUUUGCCACAGAGGGCACAAAGCUUGCUUCAGCUCUUCACGCUCUUUCUGAUCAGGUACGUGAUGAUGACAAGCCUUUGCUUCUGUUGGAAGCUGAAAAACUCAUCACUAUGUGCAAGCAGCUCCAGGCAACAGCUAAGGCUUCUGCUCAGGGUAAAAGUGCUACAUUUACAAAGGUUGAUGCAUGCAUUCUGAAAACAAGGAAUGUGAUGACUCUGUUAUGUCAACUUCUUCCACUUUGCUGCAAAUUACUGAGAAAGAAUAAAGCAGGAAAUGGUUGUCUUAAGCCUGCUCCACCAUGGAAAGAAGACAGAAUACGAACUGGUACAAAUGCACGUACUCCAGAAAGAAGAGUGGAGACAUUUGGCAUCAAGUCUUUAGAAAAUCAUGUAACAAACAUGACAUUUUUAGAGAGCAAGUAAUCAUAG